AUGACAAACCAGACUACACUUCAUCUUCACUUAUCGAUGUAUCUGAGGAGCUGCAAGUGGAAUAAUCUACACCUGCAGGAGGAGAGCCAUAAUCUACACCUGCAAGAGGAGAGCCAUAAUCUACACCUGCAGGAGGAGAGCCAUAAUCUACACCUGCAGGAGGAGAGCCAUAAUCUACACCUGCAGGAGGAGAGCCAUAAUCUACACCUGCAGGAGGAGAGCCAUAAUCUACACCUGCAGGAGGAGAGCCAUAAUCUACACCUGCAGGAGGAGAGCCAUAAUCUACACCUGCAGGAGGAGAGCCAUAAUCUACACCUGCAGGAGGAGAGCCAUAAUCUACACCUGCAGGAGGAGAGCCAUAAUCUACACCUGCAGCAUAAUCUACACCUGCAGGAGGAGAGGCAUAAUCUACACCUGCAGGAGGAGAACCAUAAUCUACACCUGCAGGAGGAGAGCCAUAAUCUACACCUGCAGGAGGAGAGCCAUAAUCUACACCUGCAGGAGGAGAGGCAUAAUCUACACCUGCAGGAGGAGAGCCAUAAUCUACACCUGCAAGAGGAGAGCCAUAAUCUACACCUGCAGGAGGAGAGCCAUAAUCUACACCUGCAGGAGGAGAGGCAUAAUCUACACCUGCAGGAGGAGAGCCAUAAUCUACACCUGCAGGAGGAGAGCCAUAAUCUACACCUGCAGCAUAAUCUACACCUGCAGGAGGAGAGGCAUAAUCUACACCUGCAGGAGGAGAGCCAUAAUCUACACCUGCAGGAGGAGAGCCAUAAUCUACACCUGCAGGAGGAGAGCCAUAAUCUACACCUGCAGGAGGAGAGCCAUAAUCUACACCUGCAGGAGGAGAGGCAUAAUCUACACCUGCAGGAGGAGAGCCAUAAUCUACACCUGCAAGAGGAGAGCCAUAAUCUACACCUGCAGGAGGAGAGCCAUAAUCUACACCUGCAGGAGGAGAGGCAUAAUCUACACCUGCAGGAGGAGAGGCAUAAUCUACACCUGCAGGAGGAGAGCCAUAAUCUACACCUGCAGGAGGAGAGGCAUAAUCUACACCUGCAGGAGGAGAGCCAUAAUCUACACCUGCAGGAGGAGAGCCAUAAUCUACACCUGCAGGAGGAGAGCCAUAAUCUACACCUGCAGCAUAAUCUACACCUGCAGGAGGAGAGGCAUAAUCUACACCUGCAGGAGGAGAACCAUAAUCUACACCUGCAGGAGGAGAGCCAUAAUCUACACCUGCAGGAGGAGAGCCAUAAUCUACACCUGCAGGAGGAGAGGCAUAAUCUACACCUGCAGGAGGAGAGCCAUAAUCUACACCUGCAAGAGGAGAGCCAUAAUCUACACCUGCAGGAGGAGAGCCAUAAUCUACACCUGCAGGAGGAGAGGCAUAAUCUACACCUGCAGGAGGAGAGCCAUAAUCUACACCUGCAGGAGGAGAGCCAUAAUCUACACCUGCAGCAUAAUCUACACCUGCAGGAGGAGAGGCAUAAUCUACACCUGCAGGAGGAGAGCCAUAAUCUACACCUGCAGGAGGAGAGCCAUAAUCUACACCUGCAGGAGGAGAGCCAUAAUCUACACCUGCAGGAGGAGAGCCAUAAUCUACACCUGCAGGAGGAGAGGCAUAAUCUACACCUGCAGGAGGAGAGCCAUAAUCUACACCUGCAAGAGGAGAGCCAUAAUCUACACCUGCAGGAGGAGAGCCAUAAUCUACACCUGCAGGAGGAGAGGCAUAAUCUACACCUGCAGGAGGAGAGGCAUAAUCUACACCUGCAGGAGGAGAGCCAUAAUCUACACCUGCAGGAGGAGAGGCAUAAUCUACACCUGCAGGAGGAGAGCCAUAAUCUACACCUGCAGGAGGAGAGCCAUAAUCUACACCUGCAGCAUAAUCUACACCUGCAGGAGGAGAGGCAUAAUCUACACCUGCAGGAGGAGAGCCAUAAUCUACACCUGCAGGAGGAGAGCCAUAAUCUACACCUGCAGGAGGAGAGCCAUAAUCUACACCUGCAGGAGGAGAGGCAUAAUCUACACCUGCAGGAGGAGAGCCAUAAUCUACACCUGCAAGAGGAGAGCCAUAAUCUACACCUGCAGGAGGAGAGCCAUAAUCUACACCUGCAGGAGGAGAGGCAUAAUCUACACCUGCAGGAGGAGAGCCAUAAUCUACACCUGCAGGAGGAGAGGCAUAAUCUACACCUGCAGGAGGAGAGCCAUAAUCUACACCUGCAGGAGGAGAGCCAUAAUCUACACCUGCAGGAGGAGAGGCAUAAUCUACACCUGCAGGAGGAGAGGCAUAAUCUACACCUGCAGGAGGAGAGCCAUAAUCUACACCUGCAGGAGGAGAGGCAUAAUCUACACCUGCAGGAGGAGAGGCAUAACAUACACAUAGCGUUACAGUACUGCGUGUAG